AUGGCAGAUGAUUACAGUGUCUCUAUAUCUUACCAAAAAGCAUGGAGAGCUAGAGAAAAGGCAAUUGUGGAUGCUCGUCGCUGCCCACAAGAAUCAUACAGUGAGAUACAAUCAAUUUUAUACAUGAUGCAAAUAUCAAACCAAGGAACAAUCACAGACCUAGUAACAGAUGAAGAUAACAAAUUCAAAUAUCUAUACUUUGCAGUAGGUGCUUCAAUAAAAGGUUGGCAACACUGUACACCAAUAAUAGUCACAGAUGGAACCUUUUUGACAAACCAACAUGGAGGCACUUUGUUGAUAGCAAGUGCACAAAAUGCAAAUAGACAUAUAUUCCCACUUGCAUUUGCAGUAGUAGAUUCCGAAAAUGACAGCUCUUGGGAAUGGUUUCUUCACAAAAUAAAGGAAACUUAUGGCGAAAGAGAAGGUCAAUGCAUCGUAUCAGAUAGACAUGAGAGUAUACUAAAAGCAGUAAAAGAGACCUUUCAAGAUAUAAUGCAUGGGGAGGUGAUAGAGCUCAAGAUUGCAUUUAAUAGUGCAUCUAAAGCUUACAACAUAGAAGAUUUUGAAAAGAGCAUGCAAGACUUGGACAAUAUAGAUGUAAGAAUAAGAGAUUACUUGGUGAAUGAAAUUGGUGUCGAAAAGUGGACAAGACUAUAUGGCAUGAACAGGAGAUACAAAACAAUGACAUCAAAUAUUGUCGAAUCAGUCAAUGCAGCCUUGAAAGCAGUAAGAGACCUACCCAUCGCAACUCUACUAGAAUGCCUACAUUCAUUGGUGCAAAGAUGGUAUUGGGAAAACAAGAAUAGAGCCCAAAAAACUACAACAACACUGGCAAAAAUACCUGAAAAAACAUUAAAGAAACAAAGAGAUAUGAGUUUAAAGUACAAGGUUGAAACAUCAAACCUUCUGGUAUACCAAGUACACGACAACAACAGAUCUCACAUAGUAAACUUGGAGAAUAAAACAUGCAGCUGCCAACGAUUUGAAUAUGAUGAAAUGCCUUGCUCUCAUGCAAUGGCUGUACUAAGCAAAAGGAACCUGUCUUGCUACAAAUAUUGCUCAUACUACUACACGAAAGAAGCUUUUACGGCAACAUAUGAAGACAGUAUACUCGCAUUAGGUGAGGCAACAUCAUGGAAUAUACCAGAUUUAAUAAGAAAUAUUGUAGUCCUCCCACCUAAACAUAAGAGAGCUGUCGGAAGACCAAAGAAACAACGAUACAAAAAUGGACUUGAAGCAAAAGCACAAGUGGUAUGCGGUCAAUGUCGCCAAAGAGGACACAACAAAAGAUCAUGUAAAAAUGACCCAGUACUAAAACCACCAAGAAAAAGAAAAAGAUCAUAA